ACUCUCUCUUUCGGAAAAUUCCACCAUUUUUUCCCGAUUUAUGCAUUCAGCAGAUAGGCGUUGAUGCAUCUCUGUACGUGUAAAGAUUGAUUACUAUUUAUUCUUAUUGAAGCUGUAUAACGGCCCCGAUUCUGAAUUUCUUCUUUCGUUUGAAUCUGAGUUCGUGCAUAAAUUAUUCGGAGUUUUGAAUUUUGAAUUUUAUGCAUUUAGUCUUCUUCAUUCUGGUGCUUCCAGCGCGGAAUUAGUUGGAUAUGGCUGAUUCUCUGGAGCGAAAAUCAGUGGAAUUGGUUUCUUGUGCCUGAUUUUCAUUUUUCCCGGAGAAGUUUUGUUCGGUGGAUUGCUGUCUAGCUUUGGUUUCUGUGAAUUUCAAUUCGAAUUUCUUAAUGGAGCAGAGAGAGGGAGACGAUUUACCUCCAAUUAAGCAGCUGCCUCCUCAAUCAGAAGCUUCUUCUCCGGCGCCAGCGGAUUUGCCGGCUAGGAAGCUUGUGAGGCAGCUGGAUUUUACUGGCUUUAGCGGCUCAUCGAGUGUUGAAAUCACGAAGCCGGUGCAGCCCGCUGUACAGCAGCCGCAGUUGGCGAAGAACCAGCCGCCGCAGAUGCUGUUUAUGACGAUGCAACAAACUCCGCAGCCAGCUCUGCCGCCGGCUCAACAUUCGAUACGACCUCUUUUGAAACCUGAAUCCCCUAGAACGCGUCCAAGACAGAAUGUAUCUGAAGUUAAGGAUGGCACUCCAAAGAAGCAAAAGCUGUGUAAUUGCAAACAUUCACGUUGUUUGAAGUUGUAUUGUGAAUGCUUUGCUUCUGGAGUGUAUUGUGAUGGUUGCAACUGUGUCAAUUGUCAUAACAAUGUCGAAAAUGACGCAGCCAGAAGAGAAGCAGUUGAGGCAACAUUGGAAAGGAACCCAACUGCUUUCAGACCCAAAAUUGCUAGCAGUCCACAUGGAGCUCGGGAUAGCAGGGAAGAAGCUGGUGAAGUGUUAGUUUCAGGAAAGCAUAACAAAGGAUGUCACUGUAAGAAAUCAGGAUGUCUUAAAAAGUACUGUGAGUGCUUUCAAGCAAAUAUUCUUUGUUCUGAAAAUUGUAAAUGCAUAGACUGCAAAAACUAUGAAGGAAGUGAAGAGCGACAGGCUCUCUUUCAUGGGGAUCAUGCCAAUAACAUUGUAUAUAUCCAACAGGCAGCAAAUGCUGCCAUCACGGGUGCUAUCGGGUCUUCUGGUUAUGGGUCUCCUCCAUUAAGUAAGAAAAGGAAAGGUCAAGACCUCUUAUUUGGGCCAACAGUGAAAGAUCCUGCACAACGGCUUGGACAGUUACAACAGGUGAAUCAAGUUAAGGCUUCUGUACCUUCCCCCUUAUGGCCUUCAAUACCUGGUACUGGCCCCAGUAACCCGUCUGUCGUAAAUCCAUCAAAGUUUACUUACAGGUCUUUGUUAGCUGACAUCAUUCAGCCCCAAGAUUUGAAGGAGCUUUGUUCAGUGCUUGUUGUAUAUUCAGGAGAGGCUGCAAGAAUGCUUGCAGAAAAGCAAGCAGAAGAUUCCAGAGACUGCUCAUUAGUUUCUUCAACACAAGAACAGUCUCAAAGCGAAAAGCAUAUUUCAGUUGAGAGAGCUCAAGCUCCUUCAUCUGAAAGCCAGAGAGAGAGGACCAAAGCGGAGGAGUCUGGUUCAGAUGGAGCAGAUGUUUCAAGAGGAAGGGCGAUGUCGCCCAGCACUUUAGCUCUAAUGUGUGAUGAAGGAGAUACAAUGUUCACUUCCGUUGCUUCCUCUAGUGGUUUAGUGGAAUGUAAUGAGCCAUCCCAGUUGCCUAUUGAGCAAGGAAUGGCUAAGGCUUACGCUGAGCAAGAAAGGAUUGUCUUAACAAAGUUCCGAGAAUGUCUUAACAGGCUCAUCACGUUAGGAGAAAUAAAAGAGACAAAGUAUUGUUCGUUGGCACGGAUACAAUCAGGUGUAGAAAAUGACCUUGUGGCUAGCACCAGCUAUUCGAAUGAGAGCAUUGGUAGGAGUCAACAACUGAUAAGCAAUGGUGCAGCUGUAUUUGCUGCUUCUAUACAAAGAGCUUCUCCAGCCGUAACUAUGGCACUUGAUGCAGUCAAUAAUGUAGCCCAUCGAAGAGUAACACAUCCUGAAAACGGAGAUGUAAAAACGAAACCUGAAUCACAAUCGUGAUGUGCAGUGUGUAGGAUUAGAUAUGCUGCUGCAUCAUUUGUAAUAUUAUGCAGAUUUUCUUUUUUCCCGUUCAUUAAACAUUAUCAAUUUAACAUAAAAAUAAUUCAUGUUCCUUUUGUUCAAUUCAAACAUCUUAUUCUUUGAUA